AUGCAGAGGCAGUGGUCUCGCGUGGCGGAGGCUGCAGAGGCAGAGAACCCCGACACAGUCCCAGCCUCCAGGCGAUCCGAGCUUGACACGCUGAAUCGGAUCAGACAUCGUGACGGCCAUGUGUGCGGCAGCUUGGAAGAAUACCUUCACGCCGCGGCAGACGAUCUGGUGGCCUGGGAGAGAUCCCUGGCGGGCGAUGCUCCGCAGGCUGCGAAGCGCAAGCUGGAAGGUGCUUGGCGGCACUGGCACGAGAUUCUUUUCGAGUACGGCCACAUCUUCGGUGCGGUGCUUGCAGAGCGGCUGCGGGAACGAGUUCGGCUCCGACGUUCUCAACUCCGUGAUGAACGCUGUCGCCAGCGAGGCCAAGACUUGAGACUUCCUGCGGGCAAAGUAUGGUUCGAGGCCACGACGCAGUGGCAGGAAGUCCCAAGCAACGCCAUUUGUGCAGCAGGCCUGGAGUAUCGCUGCGACAUGCAGACAGGGAGGAACUUUGCACGGCUGGCCAUGUGA